AUUUUUUUGAUGACCAACAGUGUAUACGAAUUAUUUGAAUGUAAAGAGACAGGAUUUGAUGGGAAUCCUUGAUAGGACCGACAGAUAGGAAUCUAUCCGAAUAAAAAUUCUUCAUAAGUUCAACGAUACACACUAUACGUCGCAAUUUUCCCACAGAACAAACGUUUCAUCAGAAACUCCAUGCCAGCAAAGAACGAACAACGGCCUUUCAAGAUAUCCUUACAAGAAUACUGUCAUUAGGACUCUGCCAGUAAUUAAGCGAACAAAACACAUCCAUGGAAACGACCAAACGAAAGUGAACUACGACCCUUGAAGCGUCAAGGUCGUCAGGGAGUAGCGGCAAACCAGUUAACGGCCUCCCUAGAGCAGUCAACCACCACGCAUGACCUCGCAAGCGACCGACCGAACGCGCUUAUCGUACGCGCCUCCAAUGGCAGGUCAACUUAGCGCUCAUCAUUGCGUCACAGCCAAGUUCAAAUCAGAGCACAACAAGAACUACAGACAACUUGCAUCACUACCAAACGCAAUACAAAUUAAACAUGCAGUUAAUGAUAAUUUACAUGGUUCUGCUGAGGGACACGAUCCAGUCACUGACUCGAGGCUGUGUUCAGAAAAUCAACAAAAUGAUUUAAGGUAUCGAGAGAAGCUGAAAAUAAAUGGCCGUAACGCACAUGCACCUAAGAAUGGCAAGCAAAAUCGAUAUAUGUUGAAGACAUGUAAUCGGUCUGAGCUUGACUCAUUACACUUUAAAGAGCUAGAGCCUGAAUACAUGAUUUGGCCUAAGCAGCAGGAUGAAUGCUCCGACGAACUAGAAAAUGUAAAUAUUAUGCGUCAACGAAUAAAUACAGAAGAAGCAAUGGAACAGAACCGACUCAUUCCAUGCGAAACAAAUCUACUGCCAACAUGGGUGUGGAGUCGAGGAAGAUCGAUCUGGAACUUUUCGCCGGUAUGCGCAGUUAUCACACAGUUCCUUAUUAUAUCAGCAUUAUUAGGCCUGAGUGAAUCUGCAAGCAGGUUGUCUGUUUCACAACAGCCACGCAUCAGCAGCAACCAAGCGUAUUAUUUGGCUUGGCGUCCAGAGGUAACGCUGCAUAGAGCUGACAGAACUUACUUUGCCGCACCGACUGUCAACUAUAACGAGAGGAAGCUGGUGAUGCAACAGCAGUACAAGUCAGGAAGGUCUGUUGACGACGUGCCAGCUCGAGACCAGAGCACUCACUACCUAUCCAAUAACUUUAAGCGCAACAUUGCUGACAAUACCGGUGUGUCGGACAACGAGCUCCUUUACCCAGUAACCGAAGAACUCCGUACUCAGGAUGAAGAAAAUGCGCUUCACUACCGUCUGCAAAGAGAGCGAGAAGAGGCAGCUCGGAAAUGGGCGCCGAUCGUAUGGCUGCAUCCCAAUGAAAUUUUUUUCCCGGGCGACGUGCUCGACUUCCUUCGUCACGUCAAUGUCAGUUCAGUCGACGAUGCAGAGGAUGUUGCCUACCUAAGAGAGUUGGAGCUGCCACAAGGUCCAGUCACGGAGGAUAUGUACCUCACUGCGCCCCUCGACACAGAGUGCUGCAACUGCCCCUUGCCAGCGUUCCUCCACGGCCAGCGGCCGAUCAGAGGCGAGGGCCCGCCGGUCUACGCCCACAUCCACGCCUGCUACACGCCCCUCACGAGCCCUACCAGAACCCUACCGAUGGAAUUAUUGCUGGAACCAUCACCAGAAGGCAAGCUGAUAGAGGCGCGGUCGCUACGCCACCAGAUCCAGACCCUGCAGCACCCCUUGCCUAGAUACCGUCGCCGCAGACUGCGCGCCAGAGCAAGAGGUCGGCGCAGCAUACCCGGUCAGGAAAACGGGUUCGAGCAAGAGAUUGUCCCAGGAGGCGAGGAUCAAAGGGCAAUCAUCAGGCAAAAUCGAAAAUUAAUUUCAGCUCAGGAGUCUACUGUGGCUCAAUCAUUGGAAUCGCCGCUAAAACGCGAUGAGGAAGAAGACUCGAGAGUUAUUGGGAUAAAUGUUAACAGUGGUCACUCGGCUGCCAAAUUUGAUAACGCGCUUAACCAAACUGAACCACCGACAAUAAUAACUCGUCAGCAAGAAAGUUCAGGCGCAGUCAGAAACACGAAUUUCACUGCGGAUGCCACUCUCAGUCAGCGCGGUUAUGAUGCGUCCCAAAAUGAUUCUGAUAAUAUUAGUGGAAGUAAAGCACAGCUGGACACAGAAUCUCCGGCAACUACGCAGCAGCCUUUAAAUGGUCCUGCUACAAGUCAACCGAUAAUAAUAAUAGAGAACUACUCUCGAACUCAUGUACACGAAACUCGUUCUUUUAUUGAUAACUUAAAUGUGAAUCAUUCCAUAAAUACGAAUGACACUUCAUUUAAAGAUCCAUCAAAUUCAACACAACAAUUCAAAGAACCGACCCGUCGGCAUGCCUCUCUCACGACGGGAACACACGGCCACCACUUCACCAUCACGUAUUGGUUCUUCUACCCGUACAACCACGGCAAGGAAAUCUGCACGACCUCCAUGAUAUUCAUCGGGCGCGUGGCCAAGCCAUUAUACAAAGGCAAAUGUCACGGUGAGACCGUCGUCAUGGGUAACCACGUCGGCGACUGGGAGCAUCUUUCCAUUUACUUUGAGGACGGAGAACCCCGCCAUUUGUACCUCUCAGCCCACAAUUUCGGUGCGUUCUACACGUACCAGCCCGCAUGGAACCGCUUCGAAUACACAAACCAGGACGUGCGUGAGGGCGUCUUCAUGAAGGCAAAAUACCCUCGGUACCUGGAGCUCCAGCAAGGCAGACUUGUCGUAUACUCUGCUAGAGGCUCACACGGCACAUGGCCACACAAAGGUGUACACCUGUACAACGACGUCAUGGUGAGGCUGGAGGACGAGGCGGAACAAGGGUACUUAUGGGACACGCGUCACCGGGUGCACGUCAUUGACUCCCUCGCCGAGAAGAGGGGAAAGCCCAUCGGUACUCACGGCAAAUGGUUCGACUUUCGAGGGAAGUGGGGCAACCCGAGCUCGAACUGCCACCCUGGAAUGCUUGGAUACUGCGAGCUCCGGGACGGUCCUCUGGGCAUCACUAUGAAGAGGCUCAACUUCCCCUGUCACAUUCCCAGGCACUACACGUUCCCUAAACCCUAAACAUCACGCACGACUGGGCAUCACCAUGAAGAGGCUCAACUUACCCUGUCACAUUCCCAGGCACUACACGUUCCCUAAACCCUAGACAUCACGCACGACUGGGCAUCACCAUGAAGAGGCUCAACUUCCCCUGUCACAUUCCCAGGCAAUACACGUUCCCUAAACCCUAAACAUCACGCAGGACUGGGCAUCACCAUGAAGAGGCUCAACUUCCCCUGUCACAUUCCCAGGCACUACACGUUCCCUAAACCCUAAACAUCACGCACGACAGGGCAUCACCAUGAAGAGGCUCAACUUCCCUUGUCACAUUCCCAGGCACUACACGUUCCCUAAACAUCACGCACGACUGGGCCAUUUCACUACUCGCCAUUUUUUUUUUCUUACGAUCGAAUUAUCGCCUCGGAGUUAAUAAAGAAGGGAAGUACGGUGAAAUAUUAGUCCAGAAACCAUAAUAAUCGCCGAGUUAUUAAAGAACUUCAAUCUCCUUUUAAAAAAUAACAAUUCCUAACCCAAGUUAAAUCGACAUUGUGCUUGUUGACGACUGUAAAAUAAGGAUCUUGCAAAGCAGCUAAAGACGGCCGCGGAAUCACAUAGCACUUCUAAGCAAAACGCGACUUUAAAAAUCAUAAAUGGUUUAAGAGUGAAGACAUGUAAUCACAUAAUUUAUUUAUUUUAAUGCCUAGUCUUGUUUGACAAUAACAAUCGUGAAAUGAUAACUUUUUCUUAGCAAGAAUUGAUCAAUUUAUGAUAAAGACGAGUGCUUUCACUGUCCAGCUUUGCUUGACUACGUAGAAUUAAGCUGUUGAAUAAUGUGUAUAUACAAUGUAAAACAAUUA